UUCAUAAUGUUUUCAUUUUACGAUCAUAUGGGCAGUGGAUUGCCUAGGGUAUCUAGAAAGUAAUUUUGAUUUUUCCAUUUUUUUAUUGGGAGAAUUUCAAAGGUAGGAUGGAUUUCUUAAGGGCCGGUCUCAAAUCUGUCGUGGGCAGCCAGGAAAACACGGAUAGUCAAUCUCAAGGCAUCGAAACAAUUGACAGACUCUGUGAUAGAGUUGGUUCAGCCACACUGUUGGAUGACAGACGUGGUGCAGUGAGGGCCCUUAAGUCCUUAUCAAAGAAAUUCAAACUAGAUGUUGGGACAAGAUCAAUGGACAUAUUGGUUAAUGUCUUGCAUCAAGACAGGGCGGAUCAAGAGAUAACAGGUCUGGCUCUUGAGACUCUCGUCAGUAUAAUGAGUCCAGAUGCUAGUGUAACCGACCCAGAGAAACAAAAAGUAGACAAUGAACUUUCAAAGCAGUUUUCUGAAAUAUUUCUUAAAAAGCAGGAGAACAUUUCAAGUCUGUUAGAACUUUUAGAGGAGUAUGACUUCAGAGUUAGGUGGCCUACUGUUAAAUUAUUGACAGUAUUAUUAAGAAAUCAAGGAAAUCAGAUCCAGCAAGCUAUUCUUGUCAGUCCUUUAGGUGUUUCUAGACUAAUGGAUCUUUUAGCAGACAAUAGAGAAGUCAUCCGGAAUGAUGGGCUGCUCCUUCUUAUUCAGCUAACAAAGGGGAAUGCCGCGAUCCAGAAAAUUGUUGCUUUCGAAAACGCAUUUGACAGACUUUUUGAAGUAAUUUCAGACGAGGGAUUUAGUGACGGAGGUGUGGUUACAGAAGACUGCCUAAUUUUAAUGCACAAUCUUAUCAAGUCAAAUGUAUCCAACCAAAAUUUCUUUAGAGAAGGAAGCUAUAUACAAAAGCUGAUACACUUUUUCGAUUUCGGAGAGCCAUCAGAAGACAGAGUAUGGUCAGAGCCAAAAGUUAACAAUGUUUUGCUGAUGCUUCAGCUGAUAAGACUGCUGGUAUCACCAAGUAAUCCUGUUCAAGCAACAUCGAGCAGCCAGAAGGUCAUGCAGAGCUGUGGUCUGUUAAAAAUACUAUGUGGAGUGUUGGUAUCAAGUGGAAUCCCUGCUGAAAUACUAACAGAGAAUGUAAACACUGUUGCCGAGGUUAUUCGGGGUAAUCAAGCAAAUCAAGAAUUUUUCGCAGAAGUAACUGCUGAUGUUGGAGCACCCGGGUCGGCAGCAAGAUCGGCGAUAGUCGUUUUGCUGAUGUCGAUGGUCAACGAGAAGCAGCCUUUUUCACUUCGUUGUGCUGUGCUGUAUUGCUUCCAGUGUUAUUUAUAUAAGAAUCAAGUUGGCCAAUCGCAGAUCGUAGCAACUUUGCUGCCCUCUUCAGCUGAAGCAAAUGUAAUCACCGCGGGACAGCUUCUCUGUGCUGGAUUGUUCAGCACUGACCCUUUCUCAAAUUGGUCGGCGGCAACUGCAUUAGCACAUGCAAUGAAGGGAGGCAAAGAUUUAAAAGAGCAGUUACUAAGAGUCCAACUCGCUACAGGAAUAGGUAGUGCACCAGUCUCUCUUCUACAGCAAUGUACAAACAUUCUUUCUCAGAGUGGCAUCAGCGUGCAGACAAGAGCUGGUUUAAUUUCAUUGCUUUGCACCUGGCUGCAUAACUGUCCCCUCGCCGUGUCUCACUUCCUACAGAGCCCUUCGAAUAUACCUUUCUUAAUUUCUUGCGUUGAGAGUCACAGCGAUGACGACUUCUCCGUUGUGGAAGGGCUCUCUGCCCUUUUAAUCGGCGUGCUCAUCGUCUAUAACGAUAACAGUGUUGAAAUAUUCACAAAAGAUAAUAUAAAAAGGACAGUGACGACGAGAAUUGAUUUGGAACAUUUCAUGGCAAAGAUAAGCAAUGUUUCAAAGACUGAAGAAUUCACAAGUGCUGUAAAAUCGACCCAGAUCCAAGUUGCAGCACCUCAACUGCUGUUCGAUAAUGAAUUUACCAAACUUUUUAAAAAGCUAGAAGCCAGCAUAACCAAAGCUUUACAAGCGGAUCAGGAUGAAGACACUGCUGCCAUUGAAGAACAAAGAAAAGCAAAACUAUCCGAGGAGCAUGACUCGAUAAUUGAGUCGUACAAAGCUUUAAUCAGAGACCAGGAUAAAGAAUUACGGUCUCUGAAAACGAAAUCCACAGAAAUUCAGGAAGAGUACAAUAAGGCUGAAAGGCAACUACAACAGCAGGCCGUUGAACUCACCCAGCUCCGAGCACAAAUUGAACUUAGUAAAGGUGUUUCGGAGGAGACUGGAGAGAGUGAGACCCAGGCCUCUUUACUGCAAGCGCAGCUGAAUCCUUUAAAACAAGAAUUACAAAACAAAGAUACUAAAAUAGCAGAGCUUGAAAGUGAGCUCGAAUCAGUAAAAGGUGAGAUGUUGAGGGUAAGAGGCGAUUCGACUGUUGACGAAUUCAUGGCCCUAGAAGCAAAUGCAAACGUGCAAACAUUCCAGCAAUUGAACAAUCAAACGAUGAUCGAGUUGGAUCAAAUGAGAAGACAAAUGCAGUCAUUACAGGACGAAAAUAGCAAGUUGAAUGAACAGCUCAACCAGCAAAAGGAAUCGAAGUUAGAAGAAAAUGGCGUCAAUAACGAAUCAGAGGGCGAAUCAAAAUCAAAAGAAGAUUACGAUCAGUUAAAAGCAGAUUAUGAAGAUUUAUUAGUUUUGUUAGAAGAUCAGGAUGCAAAAAUAGAAAAUUACAAGAUGAAGCUAAAAGUGCUUGGAGAAAAAGUCGAAGAUGACGAGGAAGAAGAAGAAGAUGACAAUGAAGAGGAGCUGGAAGGACUGAAUGGGAAUACAAAUGAAAACGAGGCUGCGAAGGCAACGUCUGACUCUAACACUGAAAAUGUGGAGGAGAAAAUAGAGAGACCUGAAUCGCCAAGAGCAGAGCUGGAGCUGAAAGAGGAAAUUGAUGUUGAUUAGUAAUAACUUUUGUGAUUCGCCAAUCAUUGGAUCAGCUUUCACUUCGUGAUUACCUCCCUGCAAAACCACCUUUUCUUAGAUAAUGGCAUUUAUUUUAAAGAUCUUCCAGGGUGCUCCAUACGCAUUUAUCAACACGUCACUAGAAUAAAUAUAUGUAAUAUUGUAUUUAGAAUUGAAUAGUAAUCUUUUGUUAAAAAUUCUUAUCACCUCAGUUAAAAUGCUGUCUACCUUGUGUUUUGUAGCGACUAGUUUCUAAAUGGUAUUAUUCUAUACAUCAUCCCCUUACUCGCUGUCUUUAAAAUUGCUAACCUGGUGUUCGUAGAAUGGUUGAGGCAAAGCCAUAAUAAAAUGUCUUACUUCCCGCUGGCAUUGAAGUUUUAAUGGUGCAUACUAAAUUUGCCUGAUCGACAAACUCAUUAACAAAUUAUAUAUCCGUAAUGUGAAACAGUUUUGUACCUAAUUGCAAAAAAUAGCAAGUAUUAUUGAAAAGAAAUGUAUUUAAACUUCAAACAACUGGGCAUGUUCGUUUAGAUAACUAUACACUAUAUGAAUUUCUUAUUGAAUCCUCUCGUUGUAUAGUUGUUAAAUGUUGCUUGGCGCUUUGACAUUUUGAUUGGCGCUUACGAUAUUCAAAUGACUGUCGACAACUAGGAAACUAACCUUCGAAACUCGGAGUAAAUUUCGAAACUGGAUUAAGAACCACCCUGUUCUCUACAACAAAGGCGUUUAGUUAAGCUUCACGAAUUAAAUUCUAAUUUGUCGUAUAACCUUUGGCAUUUCCUCACGGUUGGUCAUUUUGCGAAGGGAUCGUGCAAUGAAACCUCAAGGGAAGCGGGUGAAUAAUGUCAUUGGUUUUUCAUAUCGAAGAAAACUUCCUUUGGGAAGGAUUCUUUAGAAUCCUCAUUGGCAUACAAGUCCCUUGUUAUUGGUUUUCUUAUUAAUACAAAGAAUUUUAAUUCUUCAAGCACCAGCAAGCAUGCAGCCGAAACUAGGUCACUUUCCUUAAACUAUGUAUCUACAGAUCAUAGCAAAAACUUUCCGACGAAAUGGCAGCAAUAUUUUCUGAUGGUGUCAGUUAUGUUCAAAGACAGGAGGAUGGAUUUAGCUUUAGGAGUAUUUCCCAAUACCUUGACAUAAGAUGAUACAAACUGCCAAACUCACCUUGGGAAAACAGCAAAGCAGACCAUGGUUUCACCAGGAUUAGUAAGCAAAGAUAAUAUUUCUUCUCUCCUACAAAUUAUAUACAUUCAUAUUAUCAUAUAAAAACUCAAAGUUAUAGUGUUAAAUGAAAAACUGCCUGAUUCCAACUUAACAAAUAUUGAAUAUUUCUGAUUAUUGGAUACAAUCAAACGGCUCACAUAGAUUUAUUUGCAAAAUUCAUAAAGAAGAAGAUCUUUGAGCAUGCAUGUAUUUCAAUAGGCUAAUGAUACAAGCAGUCUGAUAUAAUGGAAAUUGAUACAGAGCUGAAUUUCAGACCUUCACGACAGCCAGAACCAAAAACAUUCUUUUGGUAGAUCCCUUUUCAAAUUUUGCACUGCAUAUUAUUACUACUAGGUCAAUACAAACAAUAUUUAACUAGCUUCUUCAAAUUUUUGCACAAAAAAACACUUCUUCAAUGUUUAGUUCCUUGAAAUAAAAUAGAAAAGGCAAACAGUUCAAUAGGUGAAUGAAUGCAGUCUGUAUUAUUUUUUAGAUCAAUGCAAAUAUGGCUUUCAAAAUACUAUAACUGAAACCUGAUUUAAAUACCUCAACUGCAUAUUUGCCUCAACAGAAUUGAAAUGCCUCAUACAGCCACCAAAAGGCUGACCAGGUGUGCCUGGAAUAAAGAUUUUCUAAGAAUUAUUGCUGAUGCAUCACAGAGGGCUUUUAUUGGAUUACAUUAUCCAGCUUUCUCUAUAUAUUUCCUUCAGGGUCAAAAAUUUAAAAAGUAUAAAAUUUUAUCCCAUCAAUGGCUUUGCCAGAAAAGCUUUCUUUGUCUACAAGAAAGAACACGAUUCUAUGCUGUAUAUAUGACAGCAACUACAGAGCAUUUGUAACACGUCUUCUUCUUUGUAACACGUCUUCUUCUUUGUAUUCACCACUAUACAGUUAUUCAUAGGUAUAUGAGUACAGACAAAUGAAAUGAAAAAUUGCAUGAUAAAGAAAUGUUAUAGACACUGACUUCUAAUCAGAAAACCAGAUAAAGCCUUUUGAUUGGCAAUAGCAAGCCCUUUGUACCUACCACUCACUUCUGCUGAAACACAUUUAACAAUAUUUCAAAAGAAAAUAGCCAUGAAAGAAAAUAGAGCAGCUUUUGAAGAAGUUGGUAUCAUUGUCAAGUAUUGUACUUGACCAUGAUGUUGAUACUCAGAGUGAUCCAGCAAUUGCACAAAACUACAAAGUUGCAAUAUAUAAUUUUGAAAUAUUUUGUGUUUACCUGAUACUUAAAGCUUGUUUAUGAUUUGUUACAAAUAGGAUAGCUUUUAAAACUAAAUUACUAGGCAGAGCUGAGGUCAUACCUUCAACCAUGUAUUCAGCAUAUUCCAUUCUGUAAGCAGUCCUGUUGUUCCUAAACAUUGAAGAAAAUAUAAAAAUUGGUUUAUAAACUUCAAAAAUAGAAGUCAAAAUCAAUGGCAAUGUCACUUUAUCAUGCAGUAAAGGUAAUGCUAGAGACUGAAGCUUGACACCGCCCCCAGCAAAUUAUUUCCUCUUUCAAAAAAUUACUUUUGUUAUUAAAUCUAAAAUCAUAGCUUUCUUUUGCCAAGAGUUCUUGUACAGACAGUUUAGCUAUUUACAAAUUGCUGCUUAUGAUAAAAAAUUCUACGCUCCAUAAAAACUAAUUGCUUAAACUUAAAGUUUGAAAAAUAAUGAACAGAUUACAUCAGGCCUCUCCAGGAACAAAAAGAAUGCAGGCUAAAAAAGACCACUGCUGGUUUGGUUGCGUCGGCUAUUUAGCCGUUGCAGAAUUUGUUGUUUAUCUAUUUAUAUUUGAGCAAAUACAAGCCAAAAAAUAUAUUACCUUGUCUACUUGUAAGCAUAAUUUAUCUUAAGAAGACAGUUGUUUUGCAUACAUUACUACUCCUUAAAAUGACAAAAGAUAUAUAUGGUUAUUAAGUAUAAUCCAAAGAAACUCAUCUUUAUUCAAAAAGAAAAAGAGCAGGACAAUGUUAUUUAAAGGGUAAUGGAAGAUUAAGUUGAUUCACAUUAAAAAUUCAAGAAAGAAUAACUGAAAUACACUUCUUUUCUAUUAGAAAUGAAGGUCGACUUGAAGUACUCCAGUUUCUUAACGGUAUAGGAAAUUCCAAUUCUCAUUCUUUCUUAAAAGAUUCUUAAUCUGAAAAAAGCACGGAAGAGCGAAAAAAUAACACGAUAAAGAUCGGCAAGUAACAUGCACAUAAACCUCAAAGCAUACAGGGAAGCAGAAAUGCGGAUCGAAAGUAACGAGAGAGUUCAGGAAGGGUGAAUGAUUGGUUCAAUGUUUUGACAAAUCACAAAUGCUUACCUCUUACCUUGUUGAAGAGUAGAAGAGCAAAAACAAAUUCUUUCUGAAACUUUUUAAUUUUUUUCCGAUUGACCAGUUUCUUAUAGUGAGUUUCUUUUAAAAAUAAGUGUAUUCAUGACACAAAUUUUGUACUUGAUAAUGUUGUGUAGCAAUUCUCAUUCUUGCCAUUUUACGCUAUCUGUUGUUCUAUUCCUGCACAACCAUUUCCUAUUCCAUUGCUAGUUGUAACAGGUAAUACAUAGUUUGUUAACAUUGGAUGUCAAAAGAAACUGAAAUUUCCUUUUUAUAAUGAUAUUUAUAAAAACCAUAUAUCUCUUUGACACAACGUUACUUAUGAAUACCCUGAUAUAGAGUGGUAGGUAGUUAAAACAUUAGAGAGUGAGACGUUGUUAUAAACAACUGUGUGGGCGGAAAAAAGCCCUCGCAAAACUUUUUUGCGUGGGGUUUUCACGGUUGCGGGCUAUAGCUCGCGUCUCCUGGAAAGGCCUGAUUACAUAAUACAAUAAAUUACACUGCUCUAUUUUAUAUAUGUUGCUGGAAAUUUUCAAAAUACCCAGGAUUUUCAUUCUCUUCCUUUUGCAAAGGAUCCAACAAUUCUCCAGCUCUGAGCAACAAUCUUGCAGACUUGUUCUCAUUGUCAAUGAAGACAAGGGAAUACUCAAUCUAAAAACAAAUUGAAAUCAGUUAAAUACUUUCAAAAGGAGUACAUGUCCAGUUGUUUUGGUUACCUUCCAAGAUAAAAAGAGCAUGUGUUCCAGUCUUCAAGCUAGGCAUUUUUCUACACCCUCUAGUUGAUCAUCAGAGGUUUAUAAUACUGCAGGCCUGGGCUGAAAACAUAUGGGGGUCCUUGUUUGAAAGUAAUUAUGAACCAAAAUUGUUCUCCAAGUUGUCUUUCAUCAAAAUUUUAACCCCCUAAAGUUGUGCACUGUUCCCUCCUAUCAAAGGCUUGCUAAUGGACACUGUUAUUCUGGCCUGAUACAUUAAGUAAUAAACCAAGACAAACUUACAGUGAUUUGAUGGGGAUAAGAGCCUGUUCUAAUUUGACAAUAUCUUUGCUAAUUUGUAGCACAUUUAACUGAUUUCCCACAGUAAGAGGUAUUUCAUAACGCAUUUUUGGGUUACUUGCCAAAAAAUGAAAAAUAUUAUAAGUUUUUUUGUGAUGUCAUCAACUUGAUACUCUUUACUCAUUGUGCUCCUGCCAAUUUAUUGGAGUCCUUGUUUUUUAUCAGCUUAAUUUUUCAAGAAAGUGAAGAUUGACUGGUGCUAAGGUUAGGUCAGGGGCGGUUUAUGUCUCCCGGUAACCCAGUGGUUAUGUGGAAAACCUUAUCGAAAACCCUUUCUUCCAGUUGACCUUCUCGUAAAGGUUGCGAAGGAACAAUCAGUCAGAACGAUUGUUCCGAAGUCAUUACAAAGGAAUACAUAGAAGCCUGAAAUACUGCACUCUUUGACAAAAAGUAAUUCUUCUUACUUAAAACACAAAGCUUGGAUCGGCUAAACAGAGUCAACAAAAUCUGCGGUUUUAGCAAGAAUGCAUACUCAUGCCAUAAACGCAAAAUGAGAGAUUCCCUUCAAUAUCAUGGAAAUGUUAUUCAAAGAUAUGCUGGGACCUGGUUUAAAAACAAACCCAGUGACAGGGGCGUUUCAAGCUACCUGCCUAGCAGACAUCGGGUUUUACAACAUCAUAUUUAUAUAUAUAUUUUUAGCUCUAAAAUAAUAUCUUUAAAAUAUCCUAGCAAUAAUGAUUAGUAGUAUGGAUGCGAGAAAGUUUGCUUAACCUAAUACACGGCUAGAGACGAAGCUACGUUUGAAAAUUCAGUGAGAUUAUAGAAAAUUUAUUCUUGUUCCUGCCUGAAGCUUGUACGGUCAAUCAAUGAUAAACUGGAAGGAAAGAAAUCCAAGGCCAUCGGCGCAUAUUCAUGCCAGCGUGCUUGAUUAAGUUACCGGGACGUUAGACUCACCUCAUCUCCCCAUUUCAAAACAUCGUUCGUUCGAUUUUUUAUUUUCUGGUAUUGGUGAAUAAAUUGAAGAAGUCCAUGUUUCUUUACAUAAGCUGCCCACUUUUUCGUUUCUUCCCAGCUAAGUGGCGUGCCUUGGCUAAGCAAACCCAUUUCAGUUUCUUCAUAAAAUUGUUCUGUAACUGUACCUCAAAACACACUCCCCUUCCAAAGCAUAACAAACUUCUGUGUUCUCUCCAAAUAUAUCGAUGAUUUUAUCAUGUGUUGUUGAUUCCAAUGGAAGACUGGGACCAAGCUCCAUCGCAGAUGUCACCACGUGACCACCAAACAUGUUCACGUGAAACUCAAGAAGGAUGAUCACACCUGCGCUGCGAUGUAAACAAUUUUAUGAGGAGAUAGUGUAUUUGGUAAAAUUCAUAGGAAAUAGGAAAAGGUGUAGGGUGAGCUAGGGAGGACUGUCCCCCAAAAUUGAUGCCAUUGCAAAAUGCCUCUCGGAAAGAAAAUUCACUGCCCUCGCUCGUUUUGCAUUGUUUUCUGCUGCUGCUCAGAGGCCAAAUGCUACUUUUCAUCUUGAAACCUUAAAGCAUUAACUUAUCAUAGAAGGUGGACUGUUACAAGAUUCUCAAGAGAAAAGAGAGCGCUAAAACUGGUAAGGACAAAUAUCGAAAGACAAUAAAUUUUCAUCCUGGAGUAAUGGCUGAAACAAAGAUCUGAGUGGAGACUGCUUACAUCAAAAUGUUCGAGCUCGUUUUCAUCAUCCACGUAGAUAUUGCCAGAAAACAAUGAGAUUGGAUCUCUGAUGAAGAAGUGGGCGAUAUGUGUAGCAAGUUGCUGAUCGAUUCCUAGAACAGGAUUAAAAUUGUUUAUAUAAAAGGAAAUAUAAAAAUACUUCCGGUUUGUGUCUAGGUAUCCUGAAUUCCCUCUCUAGAUUCAUUUCAACAAUGAAUCUCUUUAUAUACACUUUAAUGAUACAAAGGAAAGCGAAAAAAGAAAUUUACUGUUAUUUGCCAAAGUAUCUUCACCACAAUACUGGUUUUGCAAUAUCUUAAUUGUUCAAACAUUAGCAAGGAAUGGAUUGAAUUAGAUUCAAUCAAGUGAAAGAGACGAGAAAGAAUGUGGUUCAUUUCAAGGCAAUUUAAGCUUGUUCAAUUAAAUGUGAAAUUAAGAAGUGUUUGUUUUUACUUUACUUUUAUCUUCAUCAAACCUGUAUAGCAUUUCUCCUCUGACACUUUCAAGGCAGCAGCAAUCGCAUUUUAAAAGUUUAAUGAAAAGAUGGAAAACACUUCCCCGACGACAUAAUCCAAAUAAAAACCAGUUGAUACUUACCAGCCUUUAGCAGCGUGUCCAUGUGUUCUUGUUCAUAAUCAAUUGGAAUGUCGUUGUACAUGGCGCCUUCUGGUGAUAUGUACAUGUCAAUAGAAUCAAAACGUGAUUUUCUUAUCUGAAAUUUGUUUUCUUUCAGAGGCUGCAAAGAGAAAAGGAAAGAUACCCAAAAUGAUCCGAGGUAAUUUCUCAACAAAAAUUAAAAAGCGGUGAAAAAUUUGAUCGAAGUUGUGUUAGAUCUCUAAAAAGGGAAAAUCUGUGAUAUUUUCCAGGAAGAUGAGUAUUGUGCAGUCAUAAUCAGGGAUGUGCCGAUUAGGGGGGCGUGGGGGUCGUCACACCCCCCGAUGUCUGCAGAUGGUACCAUCCGGAAAAAAGGCAGGGCAGGCGAAACGUUAAUGAAGUAGGGGAGGGGGUGUAAUGUUUAGAUUGUUCAGGGCUUAAAUAAAGGCCACCACCAUGGUUAGGAAUUCUGGCCGAAUUCAGGAAAUUUUUUUUGAAAUAUAACAUUAAAGAUAUGGCCAGAAAAUGCAUCUAGAAUAUUUGCCACAUCAAGUUUGACGAAAGAACGAUCCUAGGCAACACAUACAAGCUUUCAUUUACAAUAAUUCCCCAUCCCCUAAUAGUUUCCAAUUACCAAAAAGCCAAGAUCUUAUCCUCAACUUUUAGCAACAAUCCCAGCAUUUCCGACACACAUAACUUUGAACAAAUUUGAAAUGCAAUUAUAAAAAAUCCUGUCUUGUCUAUUGAAGACAGUAAAUAAAUGUUCUCAGUAAGAAACUUUCAAGAGUAACGAGUCUUCCUUUCUAUGGUUAGAUGUCAAUUCAUGUCUACAUUUCUAUGAGCAAAAAGCUUGAAUUGCAUCUCAGUCUUCCAGCUGUAUCUCGUUUCUUUCUAUUGUUUAGUUUAUAAUGGGAGACAUUUAAAACUUAUUCAUUUUUGCCGGCCCGUAGACUACUAAACUGGAUUGGGGGACAUGGAUAGAAAUAUAGCUUUUUCUAUAUAACAUUCAAACUGAGGGCCCGAAGAGAAAAUUUAUCAGAUUUUGGAACUUCCAGUUAAAUAACGUAUUAUUGCAUAAGAGACAGUGAGCUCUGGGCCCAGGAUUCUCCUUGCUUACAUGGGGCCCCAAAUUUUGGAAAAUGCUUUUUCAGUACUUAAAUACCGCAAAGUGAUCUUUUUAUUCAUUCUGUAUCUACUAAUCUUGAGAUAAUCUCGGUGUUAUGGCAACAGAAGAGGGCCCCUACCAAACAAUACGAGUUUUCAUUUAAUAACAAAAUUAAGAAAGAAUUAUAAUAAUUUAAGGAGAGUCCACCGGGCGAUCGCCCGGAAGCCCGACCGGCCAGUCCGCCCCUGGAUUAGAGGACAUUUUAUAUGCUGAAAUUAUUGUCAUGAGGAGCUCAUUAGAAGCCGUAGUUCAUUUUUGCAGAUUUUCUUUAAAUUGGCUUUUUUGCAAAAAGAUGCUUAUGGAUUCACCCAAAAAUGCGAACUCUAGGAAUAUUAGUUUCCGCAAACUUAAUUUUCUUAUAGUUUCAUGCCAUCAUUCGCUCUUACUUGUUAUCAUUAAUUAUCAUUAAGUGUGUAUAUGAUCAUCUAUUUUAUUGUUAAUGAAUAUUCUAUGGAGAAAUAAUCGGUCAAAAAGUAAAGUUGGUCACUUUUUUCUAAACGCCCCCCCCCCCAAACAAAAUUGUCUAGGCACAUCACUGAUUAUUUGUAUGCAGAGAAGUAAUGUAGGAGAAGACAAGAGUCAGGUCAAAACAAAUCACUAAAGAAGGACUAAAGAAGAACGAAGACAAAGUUUAUUUUGUUGAUAAUGUAAUGUUUCCUAAUACGCAAGCUCAAAGGAAAUUAUAAUGCAAGCACCAAUGGGAUAUGUAGAAUUUAUCAGUUAUCUUCAGAUAAUAUUGCUAUUUACCUUGAGCCCUCGUUCCUCUUCGGUUCUGUCGUCUGCGGCGCCAGAAAUGAUUCCCCAUCUGCAGUCAGUGUUCAGAAGAUACCCUUUUGUCGCUGGGGUAGCGGCAGACAAGGCUAGCUACGGUUAACAAAUAUCAAAGUGUAAGUGUCAGUGGCGAAGCCAAAGGUCCUGCUGGUCCUGCUGAGCAGGACCAAGAAUUUCCAAAGAUAAGAUUUACUGUAAACAAUAAACAAUUUCUUCUUUGCAAAAAGGAAGUUUCAAAUUCUUUUUGAUAAACAGUCCCCAGUUCCGCCAGCUGAUACAGGCAUCCCGUGCUAAUCUCAAGGUCCUGUUCUCUUCUACGGCAGCCCUGUAUUUUGGUCCUGCUCAUAACUAUGAUACCCUAUGUUUGGUCCUGCUUCACAAUGGGCUUUUGUGAAUUUAGUCCUGCUUCACAAUAGUCUAGAACAAAGAGCAGUCCUGCUCAAUCUCGGGAGCAGGACCUCGUCGAAAUGACCAUCAUAACAUUUCGUAGGCAGUUGUGAUUUGAUUGGUCGAGGGUUCACCUACGUAGGUCAAAGAGCAUUGUUUUGAAAACCUUUGGUCCUGCUAUUUCUGAGAGCAGGACUGCAAGAAUUGCCCUGUGCAUUCUCGUUCUGCUAUGAGAUACUAGCAAGGAGGCCAGUUCAAGUAUUAUGGCGAGGCGAUGUGAAUGCGGAUUUUCUGCUUUGGCAAUACCAAUGAUAUUAUUAUUGACAGCAAAACUUGCCUCAGUUGAGCUGCAUAAAUUUUAUUUGUAACAAAACAGAGCUCUGCAGAGUCCAAAGUUCGCAAGAAAGAAAUGUAAACAACAAAAAUUGGCUGUAUGAGGCACUCUGAUUUCGGCCUUUGUACGAUCGUUUGAGGCACGGUAUAUCAUGGUGGCCUAAAUAAAAUUUUCUUAGACUUGGACAAGGACGAUGAAAGCAUAAUUGAAUUUACUGUUGUGUGAUUGAAAGUUUUGAGUUGGAGAAUAAACCAAUUUCAGCGGAAUUUGCAUUUUUUUACCUGAAUUGUUUUCUCGUCUAAUGGUUUAUCUAAUAAAGUUGUUUUCAUUGAUAAUGCGACACAUUAUUCGAUUGUACCUCUCUUUAUCAGCUGCAGAAUAAUUGUUCUGCAGAAUAUGUGAACUUGCCCCUACAGACUUUAAACUCUGUUGUUUAUUAAAAUUAUUUUAAUAGAGUAUCUAGAUUGGUCAGGUUUAUAAGACCAAAAUCUGGAAUACCACAAAUAUAUGAUAUGCAACUUCAAAUGCCACCCCUACCCCCUUUUAUCGUCAAAUUUAGUUAUCACCAAUUUGAACUUUUACUUCAGCUGUAGAGGCUUACAACAAUUUAACAUAGAUUUGUUUGAAAAGUAAGCACCCUAAAGCACGUCUUUAAGUAUGGGUUUAUUUUUCAAAAGAUAGACAUCGAUUUAAAAUUUGCUUAUUACUGAAUUUAAGAAAAAAAUCAUCUGCAAAAUAGAAUUUUUGUCCAUAGGCUUUUCCAAUUGAAUAAGGGCGUGGCCCUGUCCAUAUAGCAGGACCAACAAUUUUUGGCUAGCUUCGCCACUGGUAAGUGUCAGUGGCUUUUGGCGAGCAGCAAGAACUCUUUAUGGCGGAAAAGAUAGGGAAAAAGCUUGUGUCCAUAGCUGCACUACUUUACUUGAAUUGUCAUGCCAACGUCAAGUUACAGAGUAGAGAAAAUACGUCCCAAUUCUCCGUUCUGUGGUUAAGUAGAGGCUAACUGUAUGUUACAUCGCUUCACCAGUAAACAUUGUAUUGAAAUUUCUCAAAUCUUGAAAUUUAAGAAAAACGAAAAUCUAUUUUUUUAAAUCGGAGAUUUAUUUUCAGGACAUUUCACAAUCAAAAGCUCUUAAACUAAUUAGUCAUUACAAUUUCUUUGUGUUUUAAAUGAUUUCAAGUAAAUUUUGGCUUUUUUAAUUCGUCUUGGACAAUCAUUUCGGCCUGUAGCUAUCUCAACGUCAUUCAACAUUUUCUGUGAAAUAUGUCUGGAGAACUAAUUGUGCUUGUCAGAAUUGCUUACCAUAAUUGGGGCCAAUACAGCCAGCUGAUCAUACAGAGCCCUGGCUUCAUCGAUAUUGCACCCUUGAAGCGUCACCUAUGACAUACAGAGACAUGGUUGAUAUUCGCUAUGUAUUUAUCAUAGAAUCAUUGAUAUUCCUGAAAACAGAGCAGUGAAAACCUUAAAGUUUAUCAUCUAGCAUUAAUUUUGGCGCAUUAUUUUUGUAAAUAACAUACUUGCGUGCAGCACAUGCCAGAGCCAAAAAGGACAUUGUCUAAAUAAACGUGAUUGGGCCGGGAAUCUCUGGCAGCUUGACCGUCGUCGUGUCGAAACGUCUCCAAGAAAGGGUCUGGAGUGUUCAAAUCACGGUAAACUGAAAGGAACGGAGAUAACUACUCGUAAAUGAACGUAUUAGGUACCUACAUCGAAUAACAUUUAAUCAUUUACGCAACCUUAGAUAACAUCAUAAUAAUAUCAGUUUGCUUGUCAGCAGGGACGUAAACAAGUGGCUAAUUUUGGGGGUCGUGGAAGGUUGAAAAUUCCAAAUUUACCUGAUGAAUUUUAUCUUUCGACCUGUUAAUCUUCUGUACCUACUAAAUUGAUUUGGAAAUAGCCUUAUGGCUUAUUCCAGAUUUUUAGGUUCUGUAUAAUUACCCACAUUUUACUUAUAGUAAUUAGUCUUAAGCAUAAAAGCACUAAAGAAGAUAAAGGAAAUCUCUAAAUUUUGGUUAACGCAACACGAACAUUGAAUCUUUCCGUAAGAUUUAAAGCAACAUCAAAGCCAUACCAGUCUAGAUCUUGGAUAUGUUUAAUGAUAAAAAGUAAUAUUCUUUCAAGUCAAUGAACAGCAAUUCUGUUCUUUUUCUGCUUUGCCCAUCUUAAAGCUAUUUGCUGCAGAUCAGUUUUAUAUAAAAUGUCUUUUUCACAAUAUAGAAGCAUCAAGGAAUUUACCAUUUUUUCUUUUGUUCUUGAUCAAACGAAAAUUUUUACAAUUUUCAAAGGGCUUGAUAUCCUUUGCUUUUUGGAACUGAUAGGGUGAUCUGAGGGCAAGUGCAUAUGCCCGAUUCGCCGAUUCGUAAGAUAAAACACUCGUCUUUGAUCAAAUACUUCUGCUGCCGCUUCUUUGAUCAAUGUUUUGUGGCUUCUCAUCACCUUUAUCAACGCAAUUUAUGAUAAUAUUUAAGGAGGUCUACAAAGUGCAUGGGGAGCUUAGCAUACACUUUUAAUGUUUUCAAUUGAAUUGGCUACUCGUUGUUUCUUAAAAAAUUCCCACUUUCAAUUGUUCCAAACGUGUAGCCAAACGGCGAAGAGGUGACAAUGCUGAAGUUCUUCAAAUGCGCUUCCUAUGUGUGAAAUAUAAGAGUUUCCCAACUUACUUGGAAUGUUCUGGGUAAUUCUUUCUCCUUUUCGCUGCAUCAGUUUGCUUGCUGAGUUCCUUUAGAUGAAAAAAAGAGCAUAUUAAGAAAACUCUCUGUACUACAAAAUGCAAAUUUGAAUGCUUGCAAGAAAAUUCUUAAUAAUCGGAUAUAUAUCAUAUCAAAUCAUCAUCAUCAUCAUAUCAAAGAAAGUGGCUGGGGCGGAAUUGUGAUUGCAAAGGCGGUCUGAAAAAAUGUGUAUGCAGAGUUCCUUCAUAUCGGCACGUGACUUAACGUAUCGGUCAAGGUUUCACCUUGACACUUAGUACGGAAACGUCAGAAAAUGAUGAGUUGUGCUGCUUGUUGCCUGUAGACGCUAGACGUCACUAUACCUAUAUUAUCAGUUGCUCUAUUCAUACAAGGACCGAGAUACCGGGGGAACCGGGGAGGGGGCGGGGGCUAGGCCCCCAAAAAAACUGGAGCAGCAAAAGUAGAAUACUUUUAUCUUGUAAAAUAUGGCUGUUGUUACACUUAUCUAUCAGGGCUGGACCCCCAAAUAAAAAAUUGUAUCUCGGUUUUUGAUUUCAUAGGCUUUGGUUGGACAUUACAGUAAUAUCAUUUGAAUUAGUUGUCUCUCUUUGAUCAUAUUAAAAUCACGUCAGACUCUUUGAUCCAAUAGCUUGAGUUGAAGGGGAAGUUGCCAGACUUUCCAAAGAAAUCAGCAGGUUCUCUGGGUUUUCAGGCACUACUUGCACCACAUGAACAAAUAGCCUAAAAUGGCCAAAAAACUUACAUGAAUCGCGGAUGCAUCUGGGUUAUGCAUGCAUCUGGAAUGUAAAUUGACUUCAUGACUGGGUUCGUUUCCGGGUUCACCUCCAAAUGCGGUGAUGUGAAAUCUGGGCAGCCAAGCCUAUAAGUGGGGCAAAAUGUUUGUAUCGAGCAAUUUUUCAGCUUUUUAAUUGAUGAAUACGAUUAUUUGGAAAGGAGAGGUCAGGUAUUCGAAGAGAGGGUUUAUAGAUGACUUGGACAAAUUGUUUGAAGGGGCUAUAGCAGAAGCAGGUUUAAGCCACUUCUGCGAGUUUUAACAAAUAUGGUAUACGAGUUAUAAUUUGAUAUUUCUUAUUAUACCCUCUGAGCACGAAUAACGGGGUUUUAUUGAUCUUUGUUAGAGGUUUAUGCUGACAAGAAAUACCAAAAUUAUUCAUACCUUGGAAAAACACACAAAGGCAAAACGAUUUCAUUGUGGCCUAGCAAAGCCUGGAUUUCUUUGCGCCUGUGAGAAAUAAAAAAUGAUUCAUUCUCAAUAAAAGUUGAGAGUUAAUUGUAUCAGUGAAGAAUAUAUUGAACAUUAUUCAAAAUUAUUAACUCUAAUUUUAGUUUAGACUGCUUUGCUCAAUACUAAAUCAAAAGUAGAAAUUGAGAAAAUGACAUUUCAAACUGCAGCUUGUAUUGUUUGAAGGUAUUUUUAAAGAACGUGGUACCCAAUUCAAGCAGGAAAUGACAACAGGGUUAUUAAUGCUAUAUAUUCUUUCUCCUGAAACUCUUUUUGUAAAUAUUUUGAACUAUUUCCUUUCUUACUAACCUCAGUUUCAUAUUUGCCUCGAUUCUGUUGAAAUGUCUCAUGCAACCACCGUAAGGUUGACCAGGGCUUGCUGUGAUACAAGAAAGCAGAAAAAUCCAGAUCUAGCAUUCAGAACUAAUAGUUAUCCUAACCUUAAUAUUGUCGCAAUUGCUCAGUCUUAGCAGGUCUACAGGAAAUUAGAACUUCUCACUUACAAAUUCACCAUCUCUAGGUGAAAUGUAAGAAACAGCUGGGUGAGGAAGGUUGUUGUACAUUGAGAUAGCCAAGCAGGAGAGGGUAGGCCUAAAUGUAACUGAAUACUCAGGCAUUUAUCAUUUAAGGUAACAACUCUUAGUCAUGGUUUCAUCUGAUGAGUUUAUUUUCCUGUACAUGAAUACACCGAAAACUUGUUAAUUACUUACAUUCAAUCAUGAAUUCACCCAUUUCCAAACGAUACGCCGUCUCUGUUUUCCUAAAAUGGACGGAAGUAUAAAUCAUGAAGUACUAGUACUACUUUUAAACCACGUAUAAACGGACAAUAUCUGAUAAUAAAAUUUUCCAUUGUUUGAUUAACCUAUAAACCUAUAAAAGCGACUAUCGUUGGAGAUUCCCAACUAUUAAGACUAGACGAAAAGAAACUAUGCAACCUUCAUCGUGAAAUCAAAAUUCAGGGUAAAUCAGGUACGAGUCUCAACCAAAUCGUAAAGAGCACGGGGAAAACGGAAAGCAAUGUGAUUAUUGUUCAUGUAGGGGGCAAACAAUCUCAAAACAUCCAGCCCAUAAGAGCUGUCAACAGCUAUACUCACAUCAUUGAAAAAACACAAGAAAACAAUCAAGAUGCCAAAAAUCGCUUAUUCGUCCAUUUUCCGCAGAAAGGAUGAGCUGAAUAAAAUGGCGAUCACUGCCAACAAACAUGUGUCUGACGAAGCUGAAUGGAUUUGACUUUAUAGACAAUGAUAACAUUCCCUACAGCAAUCUUGCUCAUGAUGGACUUCAGAGAAAUACAGGGAGGAGCAAGAAGCUUAGCAAGAGCAUCAAUGGACAUGGAAUAGGGAUGGGUAAAGAGGGGUGGGUAAAGAGGGAUGCGGGAGGUAAGAGGUGGUAGAGAUUCGAUUGAAAGAGGAAUUGAAUGGGAAGGGCUAGGUGCAUUUGUCUAAGAGCAAUAAGCUAGCAUUUUAAGUUUCAAACGAGAUUUGUUCAAGCACUGCCCUAAAGAACUUGGCACAAUUGUUUGAAAAUUCCAAUACUGUUACUCUGGAUAUGAAUUCAUUAAAUCAAACCUAUCGUAUGUUAAUUCUAUGUUAGAUUAAGUAGAUUAUUCUCUUACCCUGGGUUUUCAUUUUCUUCUUUCUGCAAUUUUGGCAAAAUUUCUGAGGAUUUGAGAACCAGUUUAACUGUUUUAUUCUCGUGAUCAAAAGCAAGCAUUUGAUACUCCAUCUAUAAAAUGAAAUUAAAUCGGAUUUAAAGUAAUCGGUUAAAAAAGUAUAGUAACUCUAUGUAAACCAACUUACCGUGCAAUAAUUUUCCUAUAAGCAGUGCCUAAUUUAAGGGACUUUCACAAUACCCAGAAAUUUUUUAAAACUCAAAACCCUAGAUUGGCUUAAAUUGCAUUUCCGAGACAUAAAAUGAUUAGAAUAUGAUGUGAGAAAAGAAAUGAAAUUUACAUUUACUUUUAAGAUUUUUUAAUAAACAUAACGCAUAGAGAGUCACAACUAAAGCCCUGUUUACACUACACAAACUAACCUGGGUUUGUCCUAGGUUAAAAGUAACCCCGGUUGAACCCUGAUGCGUUUACACUGGAAACUGUCAACUUUGUAGUGCAAACGGAAUCAAGGGCGAACCUGGGUUAGUUUGAUAUCGACGCAUGCGGAACAAAGGCAGAUUGAAGGUGAGGAUAAACAAAAUGGCGUGUAUUGUGUUUAUGAACUUUACAAAAUACAAUAAAUCCACUUUACAAACAAUUAUUCCCAGUGCGGGCUUUGGCAAUAAGAGAACUUUGCGUUCGCCCUUUGCGUUCUUUCGCAAUAGGAACCAUGUCUGUAGAAACUGACCCAGGUUCGCCCCUGGUUUGCGUUUACACUACACUUUAACUAAACUAACCCAGGUUCGACCUAGGGCGAACUCACCUUUUGAGAUGGGCUGACUAACCUGGGACGAACCUGGGUUAGAUUGCGUUUACACUACAAAAAUCUAAUCUGGGUUAGUUUUAACUUGGGGCGAACCCAGGUUAGUUUGUGUAGUGUAAACAGGGCUUAAGGAAACAAAUCGGAUCAUAAAGCUGAAAUCAAAGCAAAUAACAUUAGUUACCAACAAUAAACCUAAAUGUCCAAGGGUAACAGUUUCCAUGUAGAUUCAAAACUGGACUUGCUUUGGUUUUUGGCUUUUUUCAGUCUUUUGCCGCUGAAGGAAAUCCUCUGCCUCUUUGAAUACGCAAACGAACCAGCUUUGCUGUUUUGCUUUCUCUGGGCAUCUUGCUCUUCGUUCCUUGUCUGUGAUCCAAUCAAGAUCAUAUUUUGGACCACAUGAAGAUAGUUUCGCAAAGUGGUGGAUGAUAAGGAUGAUCUAUUUAAAGUCUUAAGUUUAUUGUAUCUACUAAUGAGCCUCUCUACAUCAGCAGACUGUGGUUUGGCAGCUACAAGACGAGCAAUCGCAAUUGUCAGCACUGGAUAUUACUUUUCUGAUGCCAGACAACUCAGUAAGGGCUUGGUACAAAGCGACUGCAGAUGUUCCAUUUCUGAAGCUUCUUUGUAUUCACUUAAUCGGGGCAAAUAACCUUGUGGCAUGCUCGCAAUUGCUCAUUUGUUGUGCUGGAACUUAACUGCUUGAGAGGACUGAGUGCGGUUGCUGAUGCCAAACUAUCAUCAUCAAGAUGAUUAUCCAGGAAAUUGAUUAAUGACUGAGACCCCGUUUACACUGUGCCGGAUAAAUUUUAUCCGCACGAAAUUUGUUCGGAUUGAUUUGCGUUUACACUGUGCCGCCAUGUGCCGCAUAAAUUUUGUCCACUUUGCCCUCCCGUUCAAACUGUGCCGGAUAACUACAGUCACGUGACCUGAAUCAUCCACAGAACGCUCAAAACGAGGUCAUCUCUAGGCAACCGAUUUUCAAUAACAUCAUAAUUCCCGCCAAAACGCCAAAGGUUCAGAGACUUUUCCGUCUUUCUAUAGAAUCAACUGCUUCGUGUUAAGACGAAGUCCGAGGAAAUUGUCAAAGCACAUUAGGCCAAUAUAGUUUAAAUAAUUGUUUGUUUGAAAUAAAACGUCACAGAAAUGGCAAACAAAGUAGGGAAAGCUGAAAAGGACGCCAAUUUCACGUGGAAUUUCACGUGCAUUGAAAUUUGCCGCUGCAGCCAGUCUAGAUAAAAGAAUAAUCAGCGUUUUUAUUACCUUUGCCCUGAGCUCGUACAUGUCCCCGCAAAAUAAUGUCAAAACGACGACCACGUGCAGAUUGGUAAAAACACGAUUCUGUUUACGAGAAAUGAGAUUUGGCGCCACCUCGCGCCACCUUCUUUCUCUUUAUUGAAAGAGCCUCGCAGUAAAUCAAAAUCAACCUCACAGUGGAUGUGGAUAAAAUUUAUCCGGAUAAAACCGUUUACACUGUACCACAUAGCUAUCUGAACUAAUUUAAUCCACUUUCCUAGGUGAACUAAUUUUGUCCGGAUAGCCGCUCUCAAAUUCGUGCGGAUAGCGUGGGUCUAGUGUAAACGGGAGUCCUAUCUGAACUAAUUUUCAUGCGGAUAAAAUUUAUAUAUAAAAUAUAUGACUUCAUUUCUUAUCGCAUCAAAGCUACGACGGUCAGAUACAUAUCUAUUAUAUGUUCCUCUUCUUAUUUCUCUGUCAAAACAACACCCUUGAAUUCAUUUCCCUCCUCUAAUUCCGACAAAAAAGGUUUCUUCCCUCCCACCAGUUAGGGGAUUGUGGUUCUUCUCUUCUAACCUUUUAAGGACAGACUGCUUUUUCUUUGAGAUGUCAGAAAUCAAGAUGUCGUCGUCUUGAAAUGCCUGAUGAAAUCUUUUGUACACAUAUAAAGAUAUCUGCAACUAAGCUCAUCAGAUGAAUAAUAUCCUUGUCUAGCCAAGUAUUUACGUGACCUUUAGCUUCUUUAUCAGACUUAUUCUCAAAGGAUUUGAUAGAUGCUUUCCAAUUUUUCAAGACACUUCGAACAGUUCGUGACAGAAUUGAGUCCAGCGCACUUCAAAAUAUCUGGGAUAGUGCAAAUAUUGAUAGUUACAUUCCUUUGCUACUUUCUGGAGGCCCUUGGUUCUCACCGCUGAUACGUGAAAGUAGGUACUCAAUAAAGACGCAUCUUUAAUCAGCCUAUCCAGCUCUACCACUUCCUUUGUGACAGAAUUCCACGCGAGACUGAUCCUGUGGGCAGCACACCAGAUCUUUAUCAGUGGAAGAUUUGAAUUGAACUUUUUUCGGUAAUCAUCACAAAGUGCCCAGAGGCCAUUUUUUGCACCCGUGUUCAUGUUCUCCACAUCAGUCACAAAGGAUGAUGUCUUUCCGAAUAACCUUAGCUCCUCUUUCCUCUGAUUCUCCAAAGCCAAGAAAGUAAAGGGAAUCACUGCCAUCUUGAUGCACAACUUUGGCUUCUAGGUGAUUAUUGUGUAUUUGCAUACGAUCAACAGCACCAUCGGUUCUCAUUAAUACUACAAGACUCUGUUGCAAUAUUCCUUUCAUAUUUUGAAUAUCUGCCUUAACGAUAAAGUCUAGAAGUUCUGCAUGACUUCCAGGAAACAGAUACCUGAAAUCGUCAGAGGACAUGGAAAAGUCAUUCAUUGUCCCAUUGUCCUUGAAGUAAACAGCUCUCAUAGCGGCAACCUGAUGAGAUGGCCAUGACUACGCACUUAGAGUACCACGUUUUGCAUUGUUGAAAACAGUUGUCAUGUAGGCCCCAAUUUUCCUGUACAACCGCUUAUAUGCAUUACUGAUCGGACUAUCAAUGGUUGUCGGGUCUUCGACAAUGGCAGGCCUAUCAAGUUCUUUUAACCGGUCUGCUCUACAUGCUGCCAAAUGCAAUUCUGACUCUUUAUGGGUAUCCAUAUAAGCUUUCCUUAUUUUGCCCCCCUCUGGGGUACAAAAAGAGGGUACCUGCUUGCUUUUUUGAUGAGAUUGCACAACAUCGGGAUUGUCUAUACAAUUUUGCAUCUUACUUUCUUUCUCCCUUAUCUACCAAUCUUCUCAAAGCAAGAAUUGAUAAGUAUUUGUUCACGUUUUCGUUUGAGGGUUUGAUAAGAAUCUCCAACAUUGCUGGUGCUCUGAUCAUUUUCAUUGCACUGCUCUUCUUGCUCAUCUACUCUCUAUUCCUCUGCUUCUGACUUUUCAGUUUCCACAUUUUGAGCUACUUCCUCAUUCAUAUUUGCACCAUAACUUUCCUUUGCUGUACUUUCACCAGUUUUCUUCUGAGGCACUUCCUCGUUUAUACUAGAACCAAGCCUUUUCUUUUCUUCACUUUCGUCAGUUUUCUUUAACAACAGUUUAGCAUUUUAAAUAUGUAAGGAAAUAGUCAAAUAGAACUUAAAUAAGUUUCAUAACAAAUGAACUACUGCAGCCAUUCAGCAUUCUAAAGAUAGAUUCAAAAGGCCAUAUUGAGAUUAACUCAAAGGAGGCUACAAGGCUUAAUAUUGGAAUGAGGCAGACUCAUGGCAGAUAAAGAAUAGUUUGUAAAUAUUAAAUAGCCCGUGGCCUUUCACAGAAUAAUAUUAAAUAACGCUGCCUUAAUGUUAUUCCAGUGUUUUUAUAAAACUGCUGACUUGCUCAUCAGUAAAUGAUGGAGUGCUAUAUUUGAGUCAUUUCAAAUAUUGGCUAAUUCAACUCCAGACAUUAUGUCAAUCUGAAAACAAUAUUCCGGGAAUCCUUUAGCUGUUUAAGUGCCGAAGCAAGGUUCGAAAAGAUUCGAAAAACCUUGUUUCAAUUUCAAGGAAAUCCUCCCACUAAUUCCAGAUUUCAAGACCACAAUUUGGAUUUUCGAAACCACUAUUAGUGUACAAGACCACAUUGAAUUAGGCACUGCCAAUUAGAUAUCGGAUUACGUCAGAAACAACCUGAGAAAGAAUAUUCUAAAAUCAUGAAAAUAAACAUAAUAUCAGUUAAUUUAUAAUUCAAUUUUAUUAACUUGAGCUCGUAGUUGUUUCACCAGCGUUUCAAGAUGUUUAUACCACAGUGAUAAAGAAUUUUCGUCCAACAAGUGUCGUUUCGUCGCGCGACUACUAGCAAAUAAAAUCCUGCCGAAAGUGAAAAGCGACUUUUCAUCGAUUCUUUAUGCUUUUAAAGAAGGUUACAGUACCCAGCAUGGUCUUUUUUGGGUUGUUGAUUUGGUUUGUAGCUGUGAAAAUUUUGAAUUUUCUUUCUGAGAUCGAAAUCAUACUUGAUCACGCUAUCCUAUCGAGGCAAGAGCAAAUUGUCUUGCACGCGAGGGUUAAAGUUUUCGAGGAGACAAGAAAAAACGAAUACUUUGCACUGGUUGUUGACAAAACCACAGAUAUAAGUAAAAAAGUAUCUAUUGUAUCAAAGACUAUGUUAUCAAAGAGUACUUGAUGGGAAGACGCGAGGGGAGAAAGGUAUUGCUACAGAGCCACUUUGUAAGGGUAUAAAGGAUUAGAUGCUUGUUUACAUUGAAAAUGCUUUUAGGCUAUUCAUUUGAUGGAGCUUCAGCGUGGGUCAAACUGGGACGCCUGAUCAAUGGUAUAAAAAUGAUCAAUCAGUUUAUUUUACUGUCUAACUCACUCAAGUGACCUAAUUAUCAAAGAUGCUAUUUCCAAGAGCACACUUUUUCGAAUGUGAUGUGAAGAUGUGAUGUGAAGAUGUGAUGUCAAGAACGCUGUGAUGGCAAAAUCUUUAUGCGCUUGCAGGUGUCACCCCUAAAAGAAUCAUGCUUUUUAAAGUGUUGCUAAAUGGUGAAAACGACCACAACAACACAGAAACGCAAAUAUUGUAAAAUUUGUCAUUGGCAUGGUGCUGCAAAAUUUGUACUGCGAUAUUAUUGCAGUUGGCUGUCAGUUAUUAAGGCAAACGAGAAUCACUUACAGAUCUAUACGGUAAAAUCAUAGUUUAUGAUCACAAUUUGCCAUUCAUUUCGAAAGACAAUUUGACAAUCCCCUUCCAAAAAAUAUAACCUUCUCACAUUGAUUUGACCUUACUUGCUGUUGAACAUUGGCUUAAACCCCUCUCUCUGUCAGUUGGAAAACGAAACAAAAUUGGUACAAUAUUGCAUAAGAUAGGAAGUUACCUCGUCUCCCCACUUUAGUGUAUCGUAUGUCCUGUUCUUGACUCGGUGGAACGUGUUGAUAAACUGAAUGAUGCCGUGUUUUUUAACGUAGUCAGUAUAUUUCUUGAUCUCAGAAAAUGAAAGAUUUUCUCCAUUGAAUGUGAGAAGACCCAUGGCUUUUGUAGCUGUGUUGAAUUGCCGAUGAGUUCACUCUUCUUGUCGAAGUAAAGGUGCCUUCAAAGUCUGCUCAGACUUGACGUCAGAAUUGCUUUCACAAUGAAGGAUUUAUAGGUGAGGCACACUCUUGUAAAGAAAUAUCUUGCUUGGAAAUAUAGAUGUGAUAGGGUUUGUCGUAGCUGCAGCUAGAAAAUUUUUUUAAAUUGAUAUAAUGUGGACAGCACAUUAAAGAAAGCCCAGGUAUUCAGACCUUUCUUGUUUCUUUAUACCAAAGAAAUCAAGCAAGACGCAUGCAAUUGUCCUUUCCAAAAGAGGGCACAUAAAAGAUCCAUUCCUCUUACCACAGGUGUACACAAAAAGAACAUGACCACAACGCACUGUUCUUUCACCAAAAUGACCGUACUGUGGCUAUAAGUUGUGCCUAUGUUUUUCAUGGUUGUAAACAAUCUUUUGGUCGUGUGCAAAGUAGGAUUGUUGCUUAGGAAAAAAAUAUUAUCAUAGAUAUAUAUAAGAUAAAUUUACUGCCAUUUGGUAACGAUAGACAAAGGAUCAAUUGAACAAUGGUUUUUUUAAAAAUAUCCAAAUUAUGCUAGAUUUUAUGCUAAAUGACAACUUGUUUCUUUCAGUCCUUAUUCAUAAACAUAACGAUCCAGAGAAAAUUUCAACUUAUAUGAAAUUACAAAACCGAGCUAGAUAAAAUGCAAAUCUAUCUUUGACCUCACAAGAUAAAGCAGCACCAUGAAAAAGAACAAAAACGUGUUUCCAGCAGAACUGCUACUAAUGGGUUUGUUAGCGUAAACUUUCAAAACAUUUUCCAACUUAUUAUUGCAAAAUAGUUGGGGAGGACUAUUAUGUAGCUGUAACAUUCUCAAUAAAAUGUUCCUCCCAGCAGAGCCAUCGCUAGCGGGGGUGAUAGAAAAUUCUUGUCGGCAAAUUUUCGAAAAGUAGAGUUUUGUCGGUUUUGGCUUUCAAAGUUCCCAAAGCAAUAGCUUUAGCAAGCAGUGGGGAUGAGUUGAGGAUAAGACCGAGAAAGUAUCACCCAAAAGCCCUCAACAAUUGAAAAUAGGCACAGAUGAGUCAGAGAGUCAAGUGUCCCCCAGAAAUUUCAAAUGACUCCCUGUCGGCAGCCGGGGUCUGGAACCUAGCAGACAACUGUCGGCAUAUCCAAAGCCACCCAAAUUUGAGGAAAAGGCAAAGUUUGUUGACAAACUCUGAACGCUGAUCCUGGAGGUACUGGAAGCCCCUGUGAGCAGGACCGUCGAGAGAAGGAGCAAGGGGGCAAAUUGCCCCAGGUCCUUGAGGGGGCCUCGUAAAAUAAUGAAUUCCAUUUUAAGAAUAGAAUUAAUGAAAAGUAGCAAAAAGUAUGCCUAAAAAUGGUAGAACGUUCUGAACGAUUGCCAGAAAUAACUGCAAGAAAUAUUCUGAAAUGCAUUGUAAGAUAAUCUUAAGGGCAUGGUCGCAAAAAAAUUCUGCUCUCUCGGGUCGUAGGGGAACUCGCCUUUCGGCCCCCCCAACGGCCUUUGAAUCCUCUUGGCGGCCCCUUUGAAUCCUCUUGGCGGCCCUGCCUCUGAGAUUUACUCAUACAAACCAAGUUUCUAUUUAACCGUGCUGAAUUAUUUGAAUAAACGAGGGUAUCUCCUUGCUAAAAAUUUGACUUCUAGAGUAAAAUCAAAUGGUACUCUCAGGUACGCGGAAAUUGAAGCAAUGAUUGACUGACGAGAACAUAUUAAAUAUACUGCGUCAAAGUGCUACACUGAAAAAUUGAUAUAUUUUAGGCCACGCCCUUCUUUAACGGCAAAUUGGUGACUGGCACGCACCUAAGUGAAAGUGUUUGGCGACGGCCCUGCCUCCCAGCUACCAUGGAGAGGCUUAUUAUUGUUCAGCUGCUGUAACCUUGAGAGAAAUCUUUCAAAUGCUUCUCCAAUUUAAAACAUCCUAGUUGAAUUACUUUGUAACUUUCUCUGAUAUCUACUGAAAGAUAUCACAUAAACUCCAAAAUGCAUUACGGGCAGGAAAUCAUAAUCUCGGUCUUGGUCUGAAGGCUCAGUGUGUUUUUUGAAGCAAGUCAUUAAAGCAAACUAAAUUGAGAUGAUGUCUUGAAGUUAAAGCUGUCUACAAGAAUCCAUCUUACUUCAAAAUAGCACACAACAAUAUCGUAAAGCGCAAUUGAUUUUUCUCCGCAUGUACUGAAGCUUCGAGUUCUGAAGUUUCUUAAUUCUUCUUUAUUGUCCAUUGCUUAUUUCAUAUCGCAAUUUUCUUAUAAAAAAUGAGUGCAAUACAUAAGGCUGGCAUUUGGCAUUCCCUUCGAAUUGAAAAAAAUGUUCCUUAUUCUAUCUCAGGCGUUUUGAUUGGUAUUUUAUGCUGCACUGCUCAGAACAUGAAUUAUUUACAAAUCCACACUUUCCAUCCACAAUUACAGUUCCAUAACUUACAACUACACAAAGUGAGUCAGAUCCACGCUUAUCUUAGGCCCCGGCCUUCACAGAAGGGAUUUGUUUACAUAUAGAUUAGCAUUUGAUAAAGAUGAUCCCUGCUAGUUGAGAAUUUUACCACAAAGAUGCUGCAAGAAAUUAUUCGAUUUAAAUAUUUUUUCAAUUACUAUGCAUUUUCAAGUCUUACGCUUGAGUGUCAAGCUAACAGCAAAACUAAUAUGUGCACAGCUACAUACUAUACAUGCUAAUCCAAAAAAGAUUUAAGUACAACAACUGAUAGUUUCUAUCUGAUAUAUAACAAUUUUUGUUUAUUCAAACAGUAAGUAAAUAACACAUUGCGAGCUUAAUGACUUCGUAAUACUUCGAAUUUAAAGAAAAACAAUUAAAAAUUCCAUGAUAAGGAAAUUCUACAAAAAGCUUAACAAGUAAGAUUGAGAAUACGUGACAUAAACAACUUUGUAAGGAGUUUGCAAUAAAAUUAUAGAAACAAUUACCAAAUAUCUCAAAACGAGGUCAAGUACUUGAAUCAAUCAGCUCAAGAUUGUCAGCAUUCAGUCUGCUCUCCUGAAAGUGGAGCUCCGAAAAACCUCUUUUUCAAUGCCAUCAUAUCAUUUAAGAACAUCUUUGUCGAUAAAAAAUGAUUAAGACAAUCUAAAAAAAUUUUUAAAUACAUUUCUUAUUGUUCAAAUCAAUUUCUCCAAACAUAACAAAACCGAUCAAAAAUUUUGAUUGUCAUUUUAAAAAUUUUCCUUUAACACUGAGCACCAGUGAUUCUUCCACUGUGUUUUGUAAUUUUCAUGAUUUUUGAAAAUUCAUCGAUAUGUUCUUGCAUCUUUUUGCAUUUAUCAGGAAGAUAGCAGCUUGUUUUGCUGAUUGGAGCCCCGAGAAGCUCUGCGCUGCCUGCCUGGCCUACUGCAAUUUUUGAUGCUUCUUGGACAAGGUCGUAAACGAUUUCAUCUGACACCACUGAAUCGAAUUUGUAGUUUGGGUGACUUCGAACUUUUGAUCUUAUCCAGCUGGCUGUUGUCAUUAACUCUCCUGUAAAAGUAACAGUGCAGUUACUUUUAGAAAUGACUGCAUAAGUCGAUAGUAUAUUACUCUAGGCUUUAAAGUAACUUUCAGAGGGAGCAUUUAAAUCAAACAGCACUGGUAUCCCUUCAAAGCACGGCUAUUAGCUGCCUCAUUGAAGGACGUCAUCAUCGUCUCAAUAUGACGUUGUGGUCAGGAAAAAGAUGUCAUUUACAUCUCUACAACUUCUGCAUCACUCCAGUUCACGGUUGUCAUUCACUGGGACAUUAAAUGUUUGCGGUCAAAAGUUGUAUAAGAAAAACCAUUUGAUUUCUUUUUAAAUAAACAUGAGACAAUUGUUCAUAUAGAACAUCGUGUUAAAAUUCUUCACCUAUUUCCAUUUUACCAUAUUGCAAAACUCUAUAGCAAGCCAUCUAUUGGUUAAGAAGUACUCGAUGUAAAUUGUUCUUAAGAAUAAACAGAAUGCAAACCUGUCGCUCGCUUAGAGAUGAGCCGCAAGUAUUGGCUGAUGGUGCAUCUUGUGUCAAUGUCAACAUCAAUGUGGUCCAUGUAGGAAUUGAUCAAAGGUAUGAGCCCAGGGAAUUCGUUAUCCUGUAGCGAUUGAGAAGAUAGCUAAGUAAAUGCGAGCGUGCAUGCGUGAAGUAAGAACCUAUUCGCAAUGUAAUAUAAUAAAAAUUUACCUUUGUAGAAAAUAUACCACUAGCCAAAAUCUUAUAAAGCUGAUCAUAAUCUUGUUACUUAUCUCUGGUAGCAUGUAGUUAUUAUUUUCUUUCACAAAAUCUGUUCAGCCUAAGACUCUGGCUUCUUUUGUAAUGAUAUUUUAAGUAAUUUUUGAAUAAUACGAAGGGACUAAGCAUAUCUACAGGGCAAUCAAUAUCGCCCAAAAUUAAGGAUUGCCAAUAACCUUUCAUAGUUUCAAUGGCGACAGUAUCAACAUUAUUAAAGGCAUUGAGUCAUGAUAAAAUGGAUUGGGGAUACCUAAGUGCCAAAAUCCGCUGAGUCAUGAUUUUCAUGACUGCGAUGCUAUUGGUUGACCUGGAUCUGGUCACAUGAACUCACCUCGUACUGAUUGACAAAACAAUUUUCAUCAAUAGCAAGUUGUCAACAACGGAUGCAAAUAUCACAUGAAACAGCAGCGAUCACGCCGAAACCAAAUGACCCCCUAAAGAGAAGGCCUAUUUACCAUGACUCAAUGCCUUUAAACUCAAAGAGCUGAUCUCUUUGUUUUCAUACCUUGCCGUUGAUAAUGGUAUCAAUGCUCAUCAACUCGUAGUCACUGUUGCCGCAGUCAUUGAAAUUCUCAUCAAAACCUGUCAAAUAUUAUUGAAGUUAAAAAUGUCAAGCAAACAAGUUUAUGAUUCACACAAUUCAACUCUAUUUUUAGUGAAACUUUGAUUUUGCCAUGAGCUCCCAUAAAUCUUAAUGAAUUACAUUUCAGAGAAAUAAAACUGUUUAGCUAGUUAUCUAUAAAAAUACAAAGGGAUUUCUCAAAAUAUCAGUUAAAAACUUAUCCUUAGUUCUGAUAUUUUCAAAAACCUGAAAGGAAAUUUCUUCUAAUUAUUAAACAAAAACAAUGUAUAGAGCAUUUAUUAGAAUUUGAAAGUCUUUUGAACCCAUACAGGAGCUCUAGACGGUGUACCGUCUUAACUAAAAUUUGAUACUAUGUAGGUGAAUACAAUUUUGUACUCACUGAAAGUCAGCAGUGUCAAAUAACAAUGUAAUGCUACUUUUUCACUUACAUUUUUCAAUAUUCUUCCUGAAGUAGAAUUUUCCUUUGUGGGCUGCAUCUCUUUUCAAUGCAGUUUUCAUGUUUUCUUCCAUCUACAAAAUCGAGAAAACCUUAUAAAAAUCAAAAAAAUAUUUUUGCUCGAUUUCGUUGCUUUUGCGUACAUUACAUACUCUUUGCCGCAUUGAUAAUAAACGAAAUAAUUGUUAUGUUUGAUAUUUUUUCAAGGUUGCUUGCAUCAGUGUAAUGAUUAUAUGGCUUUCUUACAGGGUAUUCAAAUGAUACAAAAAUGAAUGUUUUGACAACCGACAUUACAGGGGAUUCCUUUUGACUGUAAUGCUUUUAACAUAUAAAUUUUACAAUGAUUAAAAGGUCGGCUACCUUACCUUUGAGAUUGGCACCAGCAUGUUCAAGUUGAAGGAAAGGAUAACUCUGGUCAUGAGGACAACAAAAACCGUGUACGCAGCAUUCUCAAAGUCAGUCAGCUGCACCUAAAUAUUUCAGGCAAUGUGAAAAUAUUUCUUCUGCAUUUCAAACAGUCUAGAAUCGUUAACAUCAUUACUAAAAUUGGCUGCAAAAAUUUUUAAGAAGAUGAACGUUUUAAAUUCUAAAAAAGGCAAAAACAGUUUUGUUAAAUUUUGUCGCAAUUGUUUGCUAGUCUAAGCCAAACAGUUGUUGUACCUUUUAGAAUAGUCUAGAACAAGUUUUAAAUUUGCUCUGUCUUCUGUCAUUAGGUAAUGGGCUGAAUUUUUCAAUCGCUCUAAGAGGUCGCUUAAAAAAAGGCUUAUGACUAUAAACUUGCCAAAGUAUUGACUGCCAUGCUAAUCCUUUAGGUUAUUAAAACCCACUCUAU